GCAACCCACAUCUAGAUAAGAGCUCUCUCCCAUGCUGCUCAGCGUAACGCCAGCGCAAAGUGUGUGGUUGUGAGCCGCGCUUUCUGUCAGAGUGCGUGUCAAGCGUGUCAGAGUUGGAGAAGGGAAAGUGCCUGACGCCCCGAACAACCCAAGAGCUGGGGAAACGCUUGGUCGUUGGCGACCACGGGAAGCGGAGAAUCCAGACGCGCACACAAGAAGUACCGAAGGAUCUGGGCAGGAAAAGUGGAAAGAAAUCUUCUUUUUCGGACUUUUGAGCAAUGCGCUGGCAGCAUGGCCAAAUGGUUCAAGGAACACCUAGGAUUCAAAACCACCAAAGCACCACCUCCGGCUCCUCCGAAACCGGACUACAGACACUGCCACGCCACAGUGCCCGGUACGCCUGGCUACCUCCAAACGAGCUCCGGUGCCUCAACGCACUAUCCGAGCCCCGCGCAACCGGACAUUCUCGCUGCCUACAAACUACAGAAGGAACUGGACUUCGAGGACCCGUACACUGGAGGCGGAAAUCUCGCGUUUCAAACUGGUCCGGGCUCUGGUGGGUCGCCGGACAUUAAGUACGUGUCACCGAAGCACCGACUCAUAAAGGUGGAAACGGUGGAAAAAAACAGCUGCUCGUCGGUCAGCAGCGUUUCGCCAGCCCCGACAGGGAGCGUCGGUAGCGUCAAAUCCCCCACCUCCCCACCUCCCGCACAUGACGGCAAGCAAGAAAAGGUCAUGAUAGUGGAGGACUACGCAGACCCAUUUGACGCGGAACAGGUGGGAGGCACUCCGGCUGUCGUCACGGCAGCGGAGAAGGUGACUGAGAAUGACGGCUACAUGGAACCCUACGAGGCCCAGAAAAUGAUGGCAGAGAUCCGCCGCGGGACGAAGGAGGGCUCCAUUCGGCAGCUGCCGCUCUACGACAUGCCAUACGAGCCGACGGAGAACGGCGGCGACUCGGACCCGGAGCCGACCCGCUGCCCGCGCGAGAGCCGUCUGCCGCAGGACGACGAGAGACCCCCGGAGGAGUACGACCAACCCUGGGAGUGGAAGAAGGAGCGCAUCUCCAAAGCCUUCGCAGCUCUGCUGUGUUAUGGCUGUGUUAGCACCGACGGCUCAGUGGGAGGCAGAGAACCAGAGACCCCCAGGACUAAGGACCCCCCGCCUAGAACCCCCAAAGUAGAGAUUAAAGUGAUUAAAGACCUGCCCUGGCCCCCGCCCGUGGGCCAGCUGGACUCUGCCCCCCCUCUGGCUGAGGCCGUCGAGCCCUCGCCCCCCUCCCAGUCCGUCCAGCCCCCACCAGCCGGACAGAUGACCUGUGAGCAGCUUCAUCAUGUCCAGUUUGACGGUGUGGACAAGUGCCGCAUGUCCCCCACUAAGGAGGCCAAGAGUCGCCCCCCGCAGCGCCAUUCCAGCAGCUGCCUGGUCAACUCCAAGAUGGGCUCCCUGGACCAUACCAACUCCAACGUGGGGGAGCGCUGCCUGGUCAGCACCAAGAUGGGCUCCCUAGACCAUACCAACUCCAAUGUGGGGGAGCGCAUAGACCCCACCAUGUCUCUGGAGAGCCAGUUCUGGUACCAUGGAGCGAUCAGUCGGACAGAUGCAGAGUCUCUACUGAGGCUGUGUAAGGAGGCCAGCUACCUGGUGAGGAACAGCGAGACCAGCAAGAACGACUUCUCCCUCUCUCUUAAGAGCAGUCAGGGCUUCAUGCAUAUGAAACUGUCUCGGACCAAAGAGAACAAGUACGUGCUGGGCCAGAACAGCGGCCCGUUCGACAGCGUGCCCGAGAUCAUCCACUUCUACUCCAGCCGCAAGCUGCCAAUCAAGGGGGCCGAGCACAUGUCCCUGCUGUACCCCGUGGCCAUCAGAACACUAUAGUGGACACUUCACUUCACUUGGCUUGGCCACACUCCACCCCACGACUUCUUUUUGCGCUUCUGGGUCCUAGAGAGUCUGGUGUGUUUGGGGGAGGUGAGAGGCGGACUGAUUGGUCAUUCCCCUUGUGGUGCUGAGGGACCCUCCUCCACCUGGACUAAAGGGUCAGACUGAACUGGCAUCAGAAGAGCAAUAGACACAUCACAUGCUCAUAGGAGGGGCAGGGGCACGAGCACCCCCACAUCCAUCCCCCUUACACCUGAUUUGAGAAAUAUUUCGGUCUCAUCCUCAUUGUCCAUUGUUUUUCCCUACAAACGUUCACCCCGUGUAUCUCUCUCUCUCUCUCUCUCUCUCUCUCUCUCUCUCUCUCUCUCAUAUCUUCUUGCAUCAUUCCUUCCUGCAAACACUUGUUUCAGAUGUGUCCGUUCAGAUGCAUUCAAACACAGCUGUCUGCUGUCUCUCUCUUUCAGACUGGUCUCUGUGUGUGUGCGUGUGUGUGUGUGUGUGUGUGUGGGCGGAUUAGCAGGAGCCGUUGGCAGUUUGAGUUGCACAGGAGAGUCGUCCAUCAGAGUAUGCAUAACAUGAUCUGUGAUACAUCAGCCUGUCUUGCCUUAGCAAUGGAGAAAUAUCCAUUUGAUAGUAGGGUUGCUUUAAUCAUUUAAUGUGUCUGGUCAUUUGGACUUGUUGUUAAUACCCCACUAUACAUCCUUAAUACAUCUACUUCCAUCCAGCAGUUUAGGAUCUUAAGGUCAGUUCUCAGUUCAUGAGCUAGCUAUAUUAGCCGUCGUCGGGUUUAUUUUUACAGUGAUAAAGUGAUUUAGGAGUGUGAGGGAGACCCAGUAGGUUUGGAUAUGUGUCAGUGUUGCCUUUGUUGGCCAUUGAAGGUGUCAGGGAGUGGAGCCUUCUGGCUCAGUCUUGUUAUUGGUAAAGGGUUGGGUUGGGAUUGGGUUGGAUGGAUUGAUUGAUUGACAUUGAUGAAGGUUGUAUACCUUGUUCACAUAUAGAUAUGAGUCCUUUUUUGUGUUCCCUUCUCACCCCAUCCCACCAGCUUAGAGUGGUCAACACUGGGAAGGGAUAAGCAUGCCUGCAUCGUCUACCUCAGAGAGAGAGAGAAAUCAAUUUCACUCACCCAUUUGCAGAUCGCUAGGUACAAUUGGAAUUUAAAUAUUGACACAGUUCACCGCCAUCUCCAACUCCAUUUUUAACUUCCACUAGAUUACAAUUUUCCAUCUGUUCCAGACUUUCUUCACACAAAACUUCAACCUGACUUCAGAUCUAAGAGCCUUUGUUUUGUUUUGUUUGUUUUGUUUGUUUGUGUGUUUGUUUGUUUAUUUGUUUGUUUGUUUUUCUUUCGGAGAGACAUUUUGGAAACCUCAAUAGUGUGCAUAGUCACUCUGUAAUGUUGUGUGAUGCCAGUAACAAAUAUUUGGUUUAUGCCUUAUAAUAUUGCAUGGGCAAAGAGACAAAAAGAAGACUAGAAAGAGAAACCAGUCCACCGCGUCUGCUGGAUGUGCGGAGUUCUGCUUUGUUUUCUUUUGUUUUUUCUAAUGAUUGUCCUGUGACUGUAAUUUAUUCUGGGGUGUAAAACACUGGCCAUGUCUUUCUCCUGCCCCCUGAGAGCUCACGCCUGCUGCCCACCACUUCUGCGUGUGUGUGUGUGUGUGUGUGUGUGUGUGACUCUGUGACUCUGUGUGUGUGUGUGUGACUGUGUGUGUGUGUGGCUCUAUGUGUGUGUACACAUGUUUGGACAGAGCUCAAACUCUCUUGUCACUUUCCAUGGUGCUUUGCAUUGUUGAUUUUACAUUUAAUUUAUUUUGUCAUCUUGUGAUGAUCAUGUGAUGUGUUUUUUUUUUUAUCCUGCAUGGUCUACACUCUGGAGAGGAGGCGUCCUGUGCGAUUGCUCUUGGCGAGAGUGACCGGUUGCUUGUAGAUUUAAUGUUACAGUGAGGACCAUGCAGAGUCCCCCUCCGCAAACUAUGCCCCCUUAAUCAACACACACACACACACACACACACACACUUUCACAAAUCACUUGUAAUCAGCUUCCCGCUGACUCCAGAAUAAGUGAUGGGGCUCUUUUUUAUUAUAUUCUUUCUGUUGUCCAUCUCUAGCCCACCUUAAAUGUGCAGCUUGAUUGUGGUACAGCCCUUUGAGAUUGUAGUCCUGGCAUUGUUGCAUUAGUCCGUACAUGAGGACCAGUCCACAAAACUGAAGGGGGCCGACAGCUCACCAUGUUUACUGCUGUUUCUCCUGCCUAAGACCCCGCCCCCUACACACACACACACACACACACACACACACACACACACACACACACACACACGCACACAUGCACACACGCACACACGCACACAGAGUCUACUAGUGUCUACUUGGGUAUGCCCUCUCGUACUGUCCCCAAUCGAGACAAAAACUAAACUAACUGUUUUCAAGACCCCCACAUGUGAGGGAGGUUACAGAGCUGUUCUUUAAUGCUGUUGAACGUACACUUAAAGGUACACAAAAAUGAAAUGGAAUUAAAUGAGGGCCCGCCAAUCAAUCUGGCCUCUUAUUUCCCUCUCCCGUCCCCUGUCAUAAAAGCCUGAGAGAGGAGGAGCCAGAAGAGUAGCUUCAGGAAGUGAAAGUGUGCAGCCAAGAGAGGCAGGGCAGACUAGUGUCGGCCUCUAGGUGUAGGUUGGUGAGGCUGUCCAUCAAAGGGAAUGGAAGGCCUUAAGCUUUAACAAGGGAAAAAGAAUGUUGAAAUGAGUGUUGUAAGACAUAAUUUUGUAACAAAUUAGACAUAUACUGUAAAUGUGUGUGUGCGUGUUACAGAGAGAGCUAAAGAGAGAGCGAGAGAGACCUAUAUAAAUAUGCCUGUAAUGAAAGCAAAAGUAAACAAAACAAAAAAUGUUGGAGGGUUUUGGGAAAGACGGACAUGCAUGAGUGCAGAUUGGAGAAGGCUGUCUCUGCGUUGGCUUUAGUAUGGCUCUCCCUGCUGGGAAUGCUGAUGCUCCUCUCUGUGCCCCGUCUCCCAACUCUGCUACAACUGCUGAGUGGAGUGUGUAGACCUCUGCUGGGUCUUAUGUACGAUGAACUGCCCAGCCUCCUGAGGUGGAGAGAGAGAGAGAGAGAGAGAGAGAGAGAGAGAGAGAGAGAGAGAGA